AUGGCCACGCUCACCCUCCACCAUCUCUCUGUCCCUGCAGCCUGCAGCGCCAGCGCUCGCCGCAGCCUGAAGACCAACCUGUGCAAGUGGUGUGACUCCACGCCACCGGCCUGCGAGGAGAAAGUGUGCUACAGCAACUGCAACCUCAACUCCUACUGCGAGGACCCCUACGAGAUCUGCGUGGCCAUAUGGAGACAGGACAAUGAGAGCAUCAGGAUCAGCACACUCUGCCACAACCCCCACCGCCCCAUCGAAAACCUCAUGGUCCCCAACUACAACACCUCGCGCUGCAUCAUGACCCAUCAGCCCAGCGAGGAUGGGAUCAUCUACAUCUGUGGCUGCGUGGACGAGCAGGAGUGCAACGAUAAACUCAUCUUUGAGAACCACACCAAUGGCUACUCCAUGCUGCAGAGCAAAGAGGUGAUCCCGGUGGCUGCCAUCAGCCUCCUGCCCCCGGGCCGGCCGCCGGCACUGCCGGAGGCAGGGAGGUCUGCCGAGCGGGAGGAGAAGCUGUCUGUGCUGACGGAUGAGAGCCCAACCAGCGCCAACCCCACCUGCGCCAGCAGCCGCCCCGCUGAGCUGCUCCCCAUCGAGCUGGACGAGAUGGUGGGCAAAGGGCAGUUCGCAGAGGUGUGGAGGGCCAAGCUGAGCCACAGCCGCUCGGGGCAUGACGAGACGGUGGCCGUGAAGAUCUUCCCCUGCGAGGAGUACUCCUCCUGGAAGAACGAGAGCCAGAUCUUCACCGACACCAGCCUCAAGCACGACAGUGUCCUGCGGUUCCUCACCGCUGAGGACCGCGGCACGGGGCCCCGCCGGGAGUACUGGCUCAUCACCGCUUACCACAGCCGGGGCAACCUCAGGGACUACCUCUCCCGCCACAUCCUGAGCUGGAUGGACCUGCAGAAGAUGGCAGGCUCCCUGGUGAGCGGGGUGGCCCACCUCCACAGCGACUACACCGCCUGUGGCAGGCCGAAAAUCCCCAUCGCCCACAGGGACAUCAAAAGCACAAACGUGCUGGUGAAGAACGAGCAGGAGUGCGUGCUCUGCGACUUCGGCAUCGCCAUACGCCUUGACCCUUCCCUGACGGUGGAUGACUUUGCCAACAGCGGGCAGGUGGGCACCGCCAGGUACAUGGCCCCGGAGGUCCUGGAGUCCAGGGUGAACCUGGAAGACUUGGAGUCCUUCAAGCAGAUGGAUGUCUACUCCAUGGCCCUUGUUCUGUGGGAAAUGGCCUCCAGAUGUGAAGUGGUAGGAGAGGUAAAGAAUUAUGAGCUGCCUUUUGGGUCAAAAGUCCAGGAGCAGCCCUGCGUGGACACCAUGAGGGACAUCGUGCUGCAUGGCAGAGGGCGACCCGAGAUCCCAAGCAGCUGGCUGGUGCAUCAGGGAAUGCGCUUCCUGUGCGACACCAUCACAGAGUGCUGGGACCACGACCCCGAGGCUCGCCUCACCGCCCACUGCGUGGCCGAGCGCUUCAACCUGAUGGCACAGAUGGAUUGCGACGAUAUCCUCAACAACAACACGGACAACGAGGCCAGCAAAACAGCUUCUCCAGGUGGGGAGCACCAGGACAGUGACAGCAGCAGAAACACACAGUGACACAGCAGGCAAAAAGCCUCAUCACGAGAAACAAGAGGAUAAGCGAGAAGCACUUAGCUCAUCAGAAAAAACCUUGCUCCAUUUUUCAAAAUGGAACCAAGAUCUAGUACAUAACUUAUUUAUAAGAUCUGUUUCCUCCCACAGAUACGUGAACUGUGGAGUCAAUACUUUGGUUGAAGUGCAACAUUAUAUAUGAACUGAUUUUGUACUUACGUUAAAUGUAUAAUGAUGCAAAGCAUUCCUUUUAUUAUUUUUUAAAAUAAUAAUGUUUAAUCUUUUACUAAUAAGC